AUGGCACCACACAACAAUCCGGUCGCUGGAACAGAUACGAAACACGUCUCUCUAUAUUCAACGCUGUGUAUCGACGUUCCUCUGCACAAGAAUGCCCUCGUUACUUUAAAUCUCCUCGAUUCUAUGAUCAACCUCUCGGCAAUGUGCAUAUUGAUAGAAGGAAAACUAAUGAAUUUUAACAAUAUUUACUUUGUAAUGGAACAUCUGAGUGAAGAUGUUUUAUACGGGUUGAUAUCUCAAGCGUGCGACUAUGUACCGGAUGAUAUUACUUCAACUAUAAAGAAUAAACUUGAUGAUCGUUUCGUAACAAAAACACAGUCAGUACAUAGGAUAGCCAAUUACCACAGUAUGAUAGCUUAUGCGUGUCACUUGACCUUCCGAAGAAGCUAACUGCAAUGCUGGUAAAACGCCGGAAUAAUUUUCCUAUUGAAUGCGUCUUAGGUUGUAGUUACAGUAGAUACGAAUUCUGACGAAUAUAUCGAAGCAGUGAAAUAUAUUUAUAGAUUCGUACGAGUGUAUGCAUUUUGGUCUUUAAAGGUCUCAACAGCAAUUUGUCAGAAGAUGCAUCCAUCCACUGUAGUCGUAGACCAUCAAGCGGUAAUAACUGCAAUAUUGUUGCAACAGUAUCUGUCAUAAAAAGCGAAUCUCCUCUACUUAGGGAGAUACAAGAAGAUUCUACGACGUUCGCCGGGAUUGACGGCAGUAUGUUUCGCGUUUAACGAGGAGC